AUGUCAUGUCCAACGGGGUAUGCCGGGCCGGAGUGCGCUUACUGUGACGAGGGGUACUGGGUGGACCGGAGUGCCCUCAAGGGAGAACAGUGCCAUAGGUGUCCGGGUUCGGUGGCCUUAUAUAUGGCGUUGGCUUUGGUGGUGAGUACCUUGUUCUGUCUGAGUCUGGCGGUGUUGAACGUGAAGGCUGGCGCGAAUAGGAAGUCGAUUCAUUCGUUGGUGUUGAAGUUGAUGAUCGCGUUUGUGGCGGAUCUGCAGACGUAUACGACGUACUUGACUACGACACUGCUGCACUACGUGAAUCUCGGAGGCGGGUCAGACAGCAGUUCUACGCCCAGUGGUGUCCGCAUUCAGGAUUUAUACGACUUGGGGUUUCUGCAGUGUCUGAGUAAGUCUGAUACUUUUGCGGAGAGAUACCGCGAUGGAAUGUUAUUCUUCAACGCGGUACCGCUGCUUUCCGGCUUGUUCGUGACCUUCAUUGCCGCCUCUGUGGUAGGCUUAAGCAUACCGCUGCACGCCAAUUCUAUACGGAAGAGAAGAAGACUUUACGAAAUGCUCAUCCAAAAGAACUUGAUAGACGCAGCUGCCAAACUCGGUCGCGAAAUAGACAACACUAGAACUCUCAGUGUGUGGCGUUACACCACAGCACGACCAAUACCCGUUGCUGCACACGUUAUUCGCUUCUUCCGCGACAUGGUGCCGCCUUAUAUCGUCAUUGGCGUGACCUACUACAACAUUUUGCUGAGACGUCAGACGGACCUACUUGCCUGCACGCGAGAUGCAGAGGGCGUCCUACGGAAUGCUAGCGUCACCGGGAUCAAGUGCGCCUGGGACGACAGCAACUACGUUGUCUACUUCUCCUUCGGCCUCGUCUUCAUGUUCUUCUGGGGACUAGGGCUACCCGUCGUCUUCCUCUGUCUCCUCCUACCACAUUCCAAUCAACUUAACAGCCCCCAAAUCCUUCAAAAAUACGGCUUCCUCCACAACGGAUACGACCUCAGGUACUGGUACUGGGAGAUCUUCUUCUUCGCCAGAAAAGCAGCCAUCAAUAUCAGCCUCAUCAUCUCACACAACGACUCCAACUAUAUGAAAUUCGCUCUCUUCAUCUCACUCAUGUUCUUCACCAUACACGUCUGGAUCAGUCCGUUCGACCGACGAAACAACAACAUCAUGAGCUGGCUAGACAUCGGAUGCCUCGCGUGCUGGAUUGUAAGCUUGACUCUCGCCUGUUUCGGCGAAGCUCUGGACACAGAGGGGUCCAAUGUGAUUGGACUAGUCAUCAUCUUUAUCAACGUCAUAUUUGCCCGUACGCCAGCCCACAGUCGGACCGUACCUACCUAUGCCACCUACACCUGA